AUUUCAAUUAACAUUUAUUCCUGCAAUGCAUUGACUGAAUACAAUUAAAUUUAAAAUAAAUAAUAAAAAAAAAACAAAAUAGUAAAGUUGGAGCUAAACAGAUUCCUAUAAUACUCCAGGAAUGGUUUGAAAUAGUAUCAAAAGCAAUUCGUUUGUAAAAGCUAAAACAACUCAACCCAAAACUUCAAAAUGUUCAAAUUCUUGUUUGUACUCAUUGCUGCCUUGUUCGCUGUCAGCAUGGCUUCACCUUAUCCAGCACCAGCCCCAGCUCCCCGUCCAGUAGCUCGUCCUGAACCAGCUCCUCAAUAUUACACACCUUAUGCUUACAGUGGUGGUUACUACGCUUCUCCUUAUGCUUACUAUGGUUAAGCAAAUGCAAGCGACUUUCUGCUAAUUAUGUUGGCAGAAGUUGUGGUUUUUAUGGACUUACUGGUACAACUGGAUAUGUGACUUGUUAGGUAUAUGCUUAUUGAAAAAAAUUAAAUUUUAAAAGAAAUUUGUUUUAAAAUGCACGCUGGCACAUGCAACUUGGA